UGCAGCAGUGCGCCUCUCGAGCUGUCUCCGGUAAUGUUCCAUAGGAUACGCACGCCCCGCUCCGCCCCUGCCGCGAGACAGGUGGUCGGACUGUACGCCUUCAUCCUCCAGCGCUCCCUGUUAGACUAAGAAGGAGGAAAAAAAUCCGUUGACAACAGGGAAAGGGUCGGUCGGCGCGAGCGCGUCCCCGAUGGACUUCCAGCGUGUGACCUCGGCGAUCACCGGGCGGGCAGCAGGAGAGGGGGGCAACAACGGGAACGCACGAGGAGAGCCCCGGCGAUUUACUCCCAAAUGUUUUGCAGCGGAUUACUCGAGAUGCCGUUAGCGGGAGAGGGUGUGCCGACGGGGGAAUGAGAUGCGCAAGUAAAAAAGUUGACACGAUUUCUGGUGGGGAUUUUCAUCUGCGAGGCGGCGGGAUCAUUUCUGACUAUCCUCCGGGCUGGGAAGUUCCCCUGGGGGGCUUCGUUAUGGCUUCAGGCGCCGGUAAGGCUGCACAGCCCCCCGGGCCGGGCUCCGCCGUUAACGGGACUGCGGCAGAGUUCUCCAACAUCGAGCAGGAGCUGUACGACUAUCAAAUGCACAGCAAGAUGUGCAAGAAGAUCGCUCAGCUCACCAAGGUGAUUUAUUCUCUGAACAUGAAGAAUGAGGAGCAGGAGGCGGCCCUGCAGGCGUUGAGCAACGCCCACCACGACGAGCUGCACCGGAUCCUGAUGGAGACGUGCCACGAAGGGGAGGGGUCAGCCCUGAGGACACGCCUCCUGGAGCUGCAGGAGUCUCUGGAUGAGCAGCAUCGAGUCGGGGCCCAGGUGCAGGCGGACUUUGAGUUCUUCCGCAUCCAGGCGGAGGAGAGGGAGCGUGAAACGGAAGCAGAGCUAAGAAAAGAGUUUGAGGAAAAGCUCCAGGCUGCGCAGGAAAACCUCCAGGAGGCCAAGGCCCAGAUCAGUGUUGCCCAGGAGGAAAACCUGAGACUGAGCAAAGAACUGGAGAAUGCUGAGGAGCAGAUCCAGCAACUGGAUGCCAAAUGCGAGGAGCUCCAGAAAACAGUCGUCGAUGAGGAGAAAAACAGGAAGGAGGAGGAUAGGCAAAGAGAAGAUGAGGAGGAAAAGAAGAAGGAGGAGGAGGAGAGGAAAAUGGAGCAGUGUGAGGAAAGGAUUAAAGCCCUCCUGGAGGAGCUAAAGGCACUAAAGGAGGAGAGAGAUCGAGCGGAGGAGGAGAAGAGGCAAGCCGUGAAGGAGGAGAGGGAGCAAUGGCAGCGAAAGGUGAACGAUCUAAACGAGGAGGGAGAGGAAAUGAGGAAGAAGAUAGAGGCGGAGUGGAGGGAAGAGCGGCAGAGGUGGGAGGAGAGGGAAGAGGAGGAGAAGAAAGGGAUGCACAGCGCUCUGCGGGAGAGGGUGAAGAGGGCCGAGGCAGAGGUGGAGAGUCACCUGGAGAGGCUAGCCGAGAGCAAGAGAAACACAGUGAAGCUGCAAGAGCGAAUACAGGACUUGGAGGAAGAGCUGGAGCUGGAUCGCAGGCGUGUGUCUGAGGCCGAGGGCGUGGCCAAGCGGGCUGAAGAGGAGCUCGCUGUAGCCAAAGAGCGGCUGCUGCUGCAGGAAGACGAGCUGCAGAGCAGAGCAGAGGAGCUGCUGAAUCGAGGAGGCUGCGAGGUGUGUGUGUGCACUGAAAUGGAGGAGAUGAGGAGCCAGGUGAGCCGUCUGCAGAGCAGGAACAGAGAGCUGGAGCUGCAGAGCAGCGGCCGCAACAGCGACCACGCCAGGCAGAUACGCCAGCACGCUGAAGCACUGUCCAGUUUGCGCUCAGAGAUGGUGAGAGCCCAGACAGAAGAGCUGCGUCGCAUUCAGAAGCACGCGGACGACGAGCGGGACAAACUGCAGAAGGAGAUCGAAAAAGAACGAGAGAGCCUGCGGAGGGAGCGGGAGCAGGAGAGGGAUCAGUUCGAGAAGGAAAGGAACCGAAUACGUCGAGAAAGAGACGAGGAAAAGGAAGCGCACCACAGACAGCUGGAAGAGGUCAAGGAUCGUGUGAGGAGAGAGAAGGAGGAAGAGGUGGACCGCCUGCGCAAAGAGCUGGAAGUGGAGAGGGUCCGCAUUCGUUCCCAGCUCGACAAGAACAUCGAACAGGUCGAGGCGGAGAGAGCCGGCGUGCAGCUGAAGCUGGAGGAGGAGAAGAAGAGGCUGGCGGAGAAGGCCGAGGAGGACAGGAAGCGACUGAAGGAGCAGGUGCGGAAGGCAAUAGAGGAGGUGAUGAGGAGACACGCGGCUGAAUUGAACGGCGUCCAAGAAGCUCUGAGCUCCGAGAAGAAAACCAACCAAGAGGUGUGCGUGCGUUUGGAAGAGGAGAGGAGAGCUGCUGAGGAGCUACGCAGCAGGAUGGAGAAGGAAAGAGAGGAGCUGAGGACGAAACUGAAAGAUGCCACCAGUGAGAUCUGUAGGUUGGAGUCACUGAUCCACCAUAAAGACAAGAAAGACAAGGCGACCCCCGAUGCUCCAUCGUCGUGUGGACCGCAGUGCUCCCGUCUGGAGGAAGAGCUCCAUCAGGCUCGGAGUCGACUGGCUCGCAUUCAGGAUGAGGCUGAGAGGCAGCGGGACAGGCACCAGAGAGAGAUCACAUCCCUGAAAGCUGACAGGCAUCGGCUGGAGGAAAAAGUCCUGGAGCAGAGCCGGAUGAACACGGAGAGGAGUCUUCUAGAGCAAAACCAGAAGCACACAGAGGACCGGAUCAGGGCGGAGUGCGAGGAUCGUCUCAGAGCAGAAUUCAGGAUAGAGAUGAACGCCGCCGUCGCCGAGAGCGAACAGAGAUGGCAGAGCCGGGAGGAGGAGCUGCAGGCUCAGAUCUCUGAGCUGCAGGGUCAGCUCACCGAGCUAGAGUCGCAGUGUGUGUGUGUGUAUGUAGAUAAGCAGCGAGCAGAGCUGACCCAGCAGCACACGGAGUGGAGCAGACAGAUGACCCAGAGACACAUGCAGCAGAUAGAAGACCUACAGGCUCAACUACAGGCGCACACACAAAUGAUGGCUCUGCAACAGGACUUGAAGCAGCAGAACCAGUAUCAGGUGUUUGAGCGACAGCUGGACGAGAGUCGCUGCGCCAUGCUGGAGCUGCAGAGAGAAAACGCAGCACUGAAGAAGCAGUUAAAGGAAAGCUCAGUGCAAAAGAAUUCAGAGGCCGAAGAGAAAGAAGAGGAAAGUGCAGAAAUAAGGAAGAACAGGGACGCCCAGCUGGAGGAAGAAGCACAACGUCUGAAGGAGGAGGUGGAGAAGCUGAGAGUGGAAAUGGAGAAACUCGAGGAGUCGCAGAAGCACUGGGACGAGAGAAAAGAGGACGACAUCAAAGAGGAGGAGCUGGACGAGGAAAAGAGAAAGGAGCGGGAGGAGGAGAAGAUGCGAGAGGAGGUGGAGGAGAUCAGGAGGGAGCACAAGAAGGAGAUGCAGAGUUUGGUGUCCGAAUACAGCAACGCGCAGAGUCACCUGCAGGCGCGAAUCGUGGCCUUGGAGAACGAGCUGCGAGAGCGGGAGGAACGCUGCAGGCGGAGGGAGCCUCGAUGUGACGACCUGCAGCUGGGGAGACUCCAGGAGAGGCUGACGGAGAGAGACCAGCUCAUCAAACGAUUAGUGGAAGAGAGGCAUCAGCUGCAGCUCUAUCCUCCUGUUGCCGGGGACAACUGUAGCCUCGGGCCCCGUGACAGCAAGUCCCGCCCCGGGAGCAUCACGCCAACCACGAUGAGGAAACGUGCCGAGUCGCCUCCUCGUGUCACCAGCAUCUCCACGGCCGGCACUUACAACAGGAGCAUCUUUGUGCCCCACUCCUCCUCCUCCUCGUCUUCCUCCUCCCCCUCCGUCCAUCAGCACUCCUCCUCAACCCUCCCCCACCAGUCCUCCUCCCACCCUCAAACCUCGCCCCACUACUCCACCUCCUCUCUCCCACACAAACAUACGUCCCUCCCCCUCACCCAGCAUUCCUCGCCCUCCCUCUCUCGCUCCGCCAGAACCCGGACCUCCUGCAUCCCACCGACGCCGGCGCCGACGGCACCUCUCCCCGUCUGCCCCUCGCCUCAGACGGGCAUCCGAUACGUGUCCCCCUCCUGCCUGGACCCACACGUACACCUGCAGGCCCACUCAAUCAGGGGGCCAUACCUGGAGCAGAGAGGGACAGAAGGGCUGAAGCAGGAGUGGUUCACCAAAUACUUCUCCUUCUGAGCACAAAUGCAUACAAGCAUACAGACACACACAUACACAUACAACAGCUGCAGGUACAUUUCAUAUCCACUUCAUUGCUUCUUAUACACAUCUGUUUGCUUCCCAGACUCAAACACACACACACACACACACACAAACAAAGAACCUUGAAAACAAACACAUCAACAGACAUAUGGGCUCAUCACCAGCAAGGCCAUUUCAAACAUUGCCUCAAAGCUCAACCAAAAAGUGCUUCUCAAACACAUGCCUGACCUCUUCUCAGACAUUGGCCUGCCGGAUCUUCUUUGUAUAGUUUGGAAUGUCGCCAUAUGUUUUUUUUUAAAGGACGUCUUCCUUUUUUAAUGCAACUGUUGCCCUAAUCCCAUCGUGUAACGAUUCCAGGCAGGUGUUCAUUAAGAAAAAGAAAAAGAAAAAACAGCAACCAAGUGUCUCUUUGCGUAUGGAAGCAUUCAACAUAUUCAAUCAAGAUCCACAUCAAAAUGGACACACACGACUCACCAUACCAAAAUGAAGCUUGUUUCAAUGCAAAAAUGUAUAAUAAUCUUAAUGAUGAAAUUGAAUAAAAUAUUUUGUUUUUG